GGGUUAGCAGCCAAACCAGUCUAAAGCAUGAUAAAGGGUUAGCAGUCAAACCAGUCUAAAGCAUGAGAAAGGGAAAUGGACUGUGGUGUUCCUGGUUCUUAGUGUUCAUUGCCAGGUGUGGAACAGUUAAUAAAUCAGAACAAUGAGCCCUCAACAGUAUUUAAGGCAGAACAGGCAGCCAGUUUCUUAUAUUGAGAGUGAAAACGACUCGUACAGCUCCACCAUGAAGACCGCUCUUGCUUUGCUGCUUCUUGCUUUCAUUAGUAGCUGUGCUGUGGAAGCGCUGUCGUGUUACCAGUGUAUUAUUGCUUUGUCCAAUAGUGACUGUAACAAGAAUGUGCAGACCUGCACCACUGAAGACAGGUGCAUGACCAACGUCAUCACAACAUUUGGAAUUAAUUACAUCUCAAAACAAUGUUCCUCAAGCAGUGACUGCAACAAUGCUAUAGCCAACAAUGUCGAUAUUGGGGUGCUCGGGAAAAACAACGUGACGUGCUGCAAUACGAACCUGUGCAACGUGAAUGGCUCCACCACAGCCAGGCUCAAUGUGCUGCUUCUGGGAGCUUCAGCAGCUCUGCUUCUCCUGGUCAGCAAGAUCACAGCGUAAGGGCAGCAGCACCCAGCGCUAUUCUUCAUUGCCCCUGGAAGAGGAUCUGCGGUUUUUCCCUUGCCUGUUGAAGUGUGAUAUUCUGAUAUUAUAACCCCCUUUCACUAUGAAAGUGCCAUGGUUUGUGUGGGUGUGUUUCUCUAUUGAUUUCUGCAUUGUUACCAUGUAUCUCUCUGCUCUGGCUUUGUAAUGAUAUGUGUUACAGCAUGUGAAGGAGGCACCUGGUAAUGCACAUGGUAAACCAAUCAAUAAUGUAAAGAACUGGAAACAAUAAAGGGUCAUUUUUCUCUAAUGCAUGUUUAAUUACUUUUAUUUAAAAAUAAAUCUUCAUGACCGA